AUGGUUGAGGAAAAUACUACGACUGUCACUGGGUUCUUCCUCCUGGGCAUCUCAAAUGAUCCAGGUAUGCAAGUCAUAUUCUUUGUGGUGUUCCUGAUCAUCUAUCUGGUCAAUGUUGUGGGAAACCUGGGCAUGAUCAUCCUGAUCUCACUUGAUUCCCACCUUCACAACCCUAUGUACUUCUUGCUGUGGCACCUGUCCUUCUGUGACAUCUGCUACUCAUCUGCCAUUGCCCCCAGAAUGCUGUCUGAUUUAUUAUCUGAGAGCAGGACCAUCUCCUUCCCUGCCUGCACUGCCCAGUUCUACUUUUUUGCUGCCUUUGUGGAUGCUGAGUGCUACAUUUUGGCAGUGAUGGCCUAUGACCGCUAUGUGGCCAUCUGCAACCCACUACUCUAUUCCACUACCAUGUCCAAGUCUCUCUGCAUCAGGCUCUUACUUGGAUCAUACAUUGCUGGCACAACUAAUGCCAUAAUACACACAACAGCCACCUUCAGUCUACACUUCUGCAGCUCCAACCUCAUCAAUCAUUUCUUCUGUGAUGUUCCUCCACUGCUGGCAAUCUCUUGCUCUGACACACACAUCAAUGAGAUUUUGCUUUUUGCUUUUGCUGGCCUUGUUGAGAUGAGCUCCCUCUCCAUCAUCCUUGUCUCUUAUAUCUUCAUCUUAGCAGCAGUGCUGAGAAUGCACUCAGGGAGGCUCAAAGCCUUCUCCACCUGCGGGUCCCACUUCACUGGGGUCACUUUGUUUUAUGGGACCGUGAUUUUCAUGUAUCUACGGCCCACUUCUGUCUAUGCCUUGGAUCAAGACAAAUGGGCAUCCGUGUUCUAUACUGUAGUCAUCCCCAUGCUCAAUCCUCUUAUUUACAGCCUGAGGAACAAAGACGAUGCUAAUGGUUUAUCUCAGAGCUUGGAAAAGUUACUUUUUUAA